CGGUGCUGUCUCUGCAGCUGUAGUCCCUUCACUUCCGGGACACCUCAGCUCCUCCACAGUGUGCUCUCCUCCCGGUGCUGCGGGUGUUUUCUCCGCGGGCUCCUCUAACCUCAGCUCCGGCUCCACAUCCGCCUGACAGCCGCGGCUGUCUCCCGCUCCUGACCCGAACAGCGAAGCGGAGCUCCGGCUGGGUCUCUCACCGUGCUCCGGGCAGCUAGCUGGGAGGCUAGCGGAGCGUUAGCCGAGCAGGCGGCGGGGUGAAGGCUCGGUCCGGGCGGCGGCAGAGGGAGCGCAGCAUGGCCGGAGGGAAGCACAGCCAGGCGGCCGAGGAGAAGGCAGCGAGCCGGAGUCAGAGCGAAGCGAACAGGAAGUUGAAGUACAUCAGUCUGGCCGUGCUGGUCGUACAGAACGCGUCGCUCAUCCUCAGCAUCCGAUACGUACGCACGUUGCCGGGCGACCGCUUCUUUGCGACGUCGGCCGUCGUCAUGGCGGAGAUCCUGAAGGUCCUGACGUGUCUGCUCAUCAUCCUGCUGCAGAAGAGAUGUAAGU